UGAUGCGUGAGUUUUAUUAACUGUUUUUCUUAAUUAUAUUUUUUGGAAGAUUAAUUAAGAAGAAAUCUAAUUUCAUGGUUAGGAAAAAUUUGAUAUAUCACUAGCUAGUCACAUUCCACCCCCAGACAAGUUUCUCCGUUCUAGUAUCAGGUUGAUUUUGCCUUUUUGGUGCUGUUUGCUUAAGUUAUGGACGUGGGACAUUGUAACUUAGACGGAAAUGCUGACGUUGUGGAGUUUUGUCCCCAUGAUUCGUUCCACCAUGUUCUGGCUGCUUCGACUUACACGCUGCAAGAGGGUGAUAGGCCGAGUAGAUCAGGAAGCAUUUCUCUAUUUAAUGUGGACUUGGGUCGAGUUGAUUUGUUUUGUAGGUUGAAAACGGCUGGCAUCUUUGAUAUGAAAUGGAACCCGGUUGGAGGGAAUACUUCACGUCCGUUGCUUGCUCAAGCUGAUGCUGAUGGUUGCUUAAGGGUUCAUGAUUUGCAAAACUCAGUAGACGGGGAUGCUCUGAAAGAGGCACAUAACCAAAAAGUCAGCCCUGAUAUGUGUCUUUGCUUAGACUGGAACCCUUCGGCUACUUCCAUCUCGGUGGGCCUUUCUGAUGGUUCAGUCUCAGUAAUCUCUUUUGAAGAGACCAAAGUAAGUAUAUUGCAAGAAUGGAAAGCCCAUGACUUCGAAGUUUGGGCUACCACUUUCGACCCAAACCAACCACAUCUAGUCUACACAGGCUCAGAUGACUGCAAAUUUAUGGGCUGGGACUUACGAAACGGUCCAUCUCAAAUGGCAUUUCAGAAUUCAAAAGCCCAUCAGAUGGGUGUAUGUUGUAUUGCAAAGUCUCCUGAUAAUCCUCAUACUUUGUUUACCGGAAGUUAUGAUGAACACUUAAGAAUAUGGGAUGUAAGAUCUAUCUCAAGGCCUGUAAAUGAAACAUCAAUCAAUUUAGGUGGUGGAGUUUGGAGAAUCAAGAACUAUUCUGUAGUGCCUGGGUUGAUUCUGGCCGCUUGUAUGCACAACGGGUUUGCCAUUGUUAAGGUCGAUGGAAAUGAAGUCAAAGUUGUGGAAACAUACAAGAAGCAUGAAUCCCUUGCUUAUGGAGCAGAUUGGUAUAGAGGGAGUAUACACCAAGAAGACAAAAAAGAGAAAACUAUAGUUGCUACCUGCUCAUUUUAUGACCAACUCCUUCGAGUAUGGGUGCCAGAAAGUGAUAUAUUCUAAUAUGUAUUUCACAUUCCCCAGGUAAUCUUACUUCACGUGUCAUGCUACAUUAUGUACCAUACUGAUAAAUAUUUUGUAUUUUAGAAUGUUUGAACAUUCAUUAAUCUAUUUAAGACGAUAAAUUUCUAAA